AUGCCGCCAAGAGAAGAAUUCCCUACAAAAGCUCUGGAUGGUGCUCCAAGUAAUGAUAUUGGGUGGUAUUUUGGAACGCCAGAACCCGGAAGUCGCAACAAUGUUCGUUGCAAACUUUGUAAUGUGGUAGUAAAAGGUGGGAUUACAAGAUUGAAGCAACAUAUAGCACAUAUGAAAGGACAAGUUGCAGGUUGUGCUAGAGUAACAACUAUGGUUAGAGAAAAUAUGAUGAAACUUCUACUUGAUUCAAAAGCAAAGAGAAAUGAUUCUAAAAGAAGAAAAGAAGAAUUUGAAGAACGUUUAAGAGGAGAUGUUGAAGAUGAAGAUGAAGAUGUGGAUACUCUUAUUGAUGAUCAAUUGAGAUAUGCAACACAACAAAGCCUUAGAUCACAUCAAGAAUGGGAAAAUAUGCAACAGUUCAGACGAGAAACAACAGGUUCUGAAAAUGUAUAUGAACAUGGCGGAAGCUCUCGUGUCAGUGUUAGUGGGGCUGAAAGGCCAGAAGAUAUCUCUUUUUCUUUGAGAUCUACUAAUAUUGAUCUUGUUAGGAGCAAAAGCAUGAAGCAACCAAGAGCUGGUAAAGGGUUUUUGAAGACAUGGAGGAAAAGGCUUGGAGAGGCUGUAAGCAAAUAUAUAAUUUAUGAACGUUUGCCUAUGAAUUUAUCUAACUCUCCUUGGUUACAUAAUUUGCUUUAUACUGCUUCUGAGGUUGGAAAAGCCAAAUGUCCAACUCCUUAUGAAAUCUCAAAUGUUUACUUAGAAGUUGAAUAUAAGGAAAUGUUGGAGUGGAUAAAUGGUACUGUGUUUUGGAAGUCUGUUGAUGCUUCUGAUGUUGAUAGUAGAAACACUGAAUACUAUUUUCAAUUGUUGGAUAAAGUUGUGGAAGAAGUGGCUGAAGAGUAUGUAGUUCAAGUGGUAAUAGACAAUGAAGCCGCAUUAAAAGCGGCUGGUCAAAAGCUUAUGGAGAAGAGACCCCAUUUAUAUUGGUCUUCUUGUGCUGCUCAUUGUUUAGAUCUUUGCUUGGAGGAUAUAGGAAAAAAGAAAAGCAUACAAAACUUAUUAAGUGAAGCAAAAAUGGUGACAACCUUCAUCUAUAACCAUACGCAUAUUGUGAGUCUCAUGAAAAAAUAUACUGGCGGUAGAGAUAUUGUUCGUCCUGGUGUUACCCGAUUUGCAACACAAUUUCUACAACUUCAAGCAAUUGUUAGACAAAGGGAAGGUCUUGAAAACAUGUUCAAUUCUGAAGAAUUUAGAAAAAAAAAUAUGGUAAAGAGAAGAAAGGACCGGGAUAUGAAGCAAGAAAAAUUGUUAUGA